AUGCCGGAUCUCAAGUUAGUGGGAGUCGAAACCCGCGCGCCUCUAGCCACGUACACGUCUCGCAUUGCACAACUGCAUCAAGCAUCUGUCCAGCGGGCCAACUGGUUACCUCGGAAGAUAACAAAGUCCUUACUCAGCGUAGCAGGAGGCAAGGCUGCAGAUUCGCGCUGCGGGUGCGAGGCCAGAGCAGCACAUUCGGAUACCAAGGGAACCCCUAUGCAUGAUUCGAUCGCAAAUCAAGCUCCAAGAUACGACACCUAUGAUGGCGUGCACAUCGAAUCAGAGGCAGCAACCAAGCCCAAUGAAUCCAACUUCACUCCAACCGGCAACACAGUCCCCUCUCAAACCGUCGAGACCACUCACGACGAAGAGGAGGCCAUAGAAAUAAGCUCUACAUCUACUGCGGCCGGUUCAAGUAUCACGUUCACCACGAACCUCGAAUACUUUUCUGGGUUCUUCCGACAUAGGAUCACGCAAUACAGGCAGCGCGAAUGUGGAUCUCUUCUCAGAUCUUCCGACUCCGCUUUAAGCAAUUCGCCUGGCACAGCUUCUGAUAUCUCUACCGGUUCUACGGACUCUAUAUUGAACCGCCUCUUCAAGCAGUUCGACCACGUCCAUGGUAUCGUCAAGCAAGAAUCGAGGGAGCGACUUAGGCAGGAAAGAGACCGUUUUCGGCAAGAUCGCCUCAAUUACCUCAACGGUGUUCCAUCGCACAUGGGCCUACCCUCCAACACCGGCUAUGCGCCGCCAGUGAACCAGCUUCUAGAGUUGAAUCCGAGCGACUCCGCGUCACAUCAUGUUGGUAGCGCACGGGUCUCGACUGCUCCAGCUCCAGAAGCUGCAUCUCAAGUAGACUCAAGACCACCAUGGUCGGUGAACAGUGGUGGAUUCGAUCAAACGUCAAGUGCGCCUUGUGGUCACCCUUCCAAUGUGUCGCCACAGAGUUUAUCGAAUCAGUUUGCGUCCAUGCCGCCGUCGUUCCCACCACGAACGUCUGACAGAUCUAACGCAAUGGCGGCUUCAGGUUUGAGCCCAAGGCAAGAGCAACUUUGGACAUGA